AUAUUCUCAAUGAAGUAACUCUCGGGGAAUGAGCUGCGGACGUGUCGAAGGCUUUAUGAUCCCUUUGGGCCAAACCGAGGAGUCCUCAGGGGUUGGUUUGAUGCUCGAGAGGGAGAGAUGCUGCUGGAGCCUUCGGCGACACAGACUGAGUCACCCUGAAGCAAAACAAAAAAUCUCAAACAUGAUUUCAAAUUUGUGUUAAAGUUGGCGUCCUGAGACUCUUUGGCCUGAGACAUGGGUAACGGAAUAAACAGGGUGCUGCCUGAUCUGUAUUUGGGGAACAUCAAAGGUGAGCUGUCGUGCCUCUUGUCAUACGCCCGAGACCGGGAGCUGCUGGCGAAGCACAACAUCACCCACGUCCUGUCCAUCCACGACACAGCUGCACCCAUCCUGGAGGACUUAACCUACCUCUGUAUAUCGGCAGCUGACCACUCAAAGCAAAACCUGGUUCAGUACUUCAGAGACAGCAUCAUGUUCAUCCACGAGUCCCGGCUGAAAGGGGAAGGCUGCCUCGUUCACUGUGUGGCAGGCGUGUCCCGCAGCGUGACUCUGGUGGUGGCCUACAUCAUGACGGUGACCGGCCGCGGCUGGGUGGAGGCCCUGGCCGCGGUGAGGGCGGCGCGGCCGUGCGCGGGGCCCAACCUGGGCUUCCUGAGGCAGCUGGAGGAGUUUGAAAACACGGACCUGACCGAGUACCGUGCCUGGUGGAAGGAGCGUUACGGGCAGAACACAUUCAACGACGAUGAAGAGAUUCAGACUCUUUUAAGCCAGAAAUCUAACAACAACAGCAGCAGCAGCAGCGACGCCGUAACGAGCAGCAUCACCUCUGCACUGGCCGCCAGUCGCACCUGAAAUCACGCCUCAAUCAGCCGACGACUGUGAGAUUCAGCCUGGACCGUCACACCUAGAAACGACCAGAGGCAGCCAUUUAAAAAAAAAACAAAUACAAGUAAACAAACAAAAGUGUUUGAACACUGAUCCAGGAACAGGAGCACAUUCUGUAUCGGUAUGAUAGGUCGAAUCUCAUGUUUGUUUAAGCGACCAUGUGACAGGCGGGGGGGGGGGGAUUUAUGCCGGUGUCGUCAGUUCCCUCGGUCAUGUCAUGUCCUUGCCUCUAACUGUCAAACAUGCAAGGGCAGCCAAGCACGACACCAAGGAAAUAUGUACAUACAGUCCACGCUGAGAGCCCACAUUUAGUGGCGCACACUCCCCUUGUCAGUUAUGUUAUGCUGUGUCUUGUACUUGAAAUAUGACUAGGAGUUUCUAUCGACGGCAUCGAAGCUGGAGGAUCCUUCCAGUAAAACAGCACCGGAAGCUGCUUAUUAAAUCAUUGCACUAUUAUUCCCAGAUUUCAGUUGCACAUUUGGUUCUUCUUGUUUUAUUUAAGGAGUGCUCAGCCUGUUUGAAUUUUGUGUUGACUAAUAAAUGAAUUUUGUUCUGUUUAACAUCCA